AAACUACAACUCUUCUUCCUUCUGCAAGCUUCCAACAGCAACAAUCAGAAGAUACAUAGCUACCUACCUCUGGUGCAAUACAUUACCUCCUACCUUAAACCUUAGCCACGGUUACGAUUGCAUUCUCAACAUUUUAUUCCUGAAUCCCGCUGGAAUCAAUCAAUUGUUACGCAAUUCAGUUUCUGCCUGGUUUGCCACUUCGUACUCCCGUCGACCCACACAGCCUGGCUUCAUCAUAAUUGUUGCCCAUGGCUGACAAACCAAUAUCGACAGCCGACAUUAAAUUUUCUUCUACAUUUGGCACAAAGCUUCCAACUCAUCUACUUUCUACAUCAAAUAUUUCGCGUGACAUGGAAAAGAUUACGAUGUCGUCAACCGCCGCUUCGACGGAGUCGGGAUUUAAGAAGCCCCUUGACAUUAGCAGCCUGAUGUCGCCUCCUGAACCUCCCCGCCUAGAAUCGUUUUCGCAGAGACGCGAGUCGAACCCCACGGGACCAACGGUUUCCGAUGUUCGACGACUGCAACCCAUUUCGCCUAUAACACCACCUAUCUCACCGACUACGAAUGUCGAUGAUCAUUCUGUCAAUCCUGCCUCAUCUGCAAACACUGCUGUGCAGGAUCCUAUUCUUUACCCUUCGCAGGACGUUACUCGUUCGCCACAGCAGCAACCGUUGUUUGCACAGGACGACUCCAUCGAUGUUCGCAGAAUUGUAGACGAGCAUGUGAAUAUCCGACCGGCGGGUAUGUUUGGAGAUGCAAGCCCGCCCAAGCUCGAAGACUACGAAUUAGUUAUCUUCUUCAGCUCCCAAGUAAUGAAGAAGUACCAAGAGAAUCCCAAGUUAUGGCUCAAGCGUGAACGGGAUCAACUGCUGGCGGACCGACGAGCUGGAGCGCGCUAUAACAAGUUUAAGCCCCAGCCGAAGCCAAUCCUUCCGGCAAAGGUUCCCCAGGUUCGAAAGGAGACACAGCGCACAAAGACUGUGAAACCAGCGAAGGUGGUGAAAGCGACACAACCUAGCGCCGCAGCUCCGCGCCCAAUUCGAUCGUACCCGACGACUAACCCGGGCCAAUCUUCUAAUCGUCUACCCAGCGCGACGCCUGAUCCUUCGCCACGUCGUGCAGUCGCUCCGAACAGGGAGGACAAAGAUUUUGACUCACUUCCCAAUCUUUGCCCGCCUUUGGAUACACUUCCGCCACGAUCUAACAGCCUCAAAGUCGAUUGGAAGGGAACCCCAAUCGACUUGAGCAACGACCCAUAUCGUCAUCUUCUACAUCCUGACGAGGUUACGCUUGCUGCCAAUCUUCGACUUGAUUGUGCCACCUAUCUAACAAGCAAGCGACGAAUGUUUAUUCGUCGCCGAGAGUGUCUACAGAUGGGAAAGGAGUUUCGCAAGACCGACGCACAGCAGGCAUGCAAAAUCGAUGUCAACAAGGCCUCGAAACUGUGGACAGCCUUUGAAAAGGUCGGCUGGCUUGGGAAAAACUACAUGGACAAGUAUGUGUAAACGGUCAGCAAAUUUUUGACCUGAACCAUGGUCCAUAAGGUAUGGAUUCAAGAGUCUCUCUCAGGGGUGUCAACACAAAUUUCCUUAGGAUUAGGAUGCUUAAUGAUUUCUGCAUAUUGUUUUCGGUUCGGUUCGGUUCGGGUUGCCUGGUUAUCGGCGGUUGCAUCACGACCAUCCUAUUGGUCUCAGAGACGAAUAUUUUUCUUUUGUUUACCCAGUUUCAUUUGUUUCGCAGACAUGGACUCAUCAACGGUAUCACAUCGCAGAAGGGAGACUCGGUUUUCAUCGAUACACAGCAUAACGGGAUUGCAAUGAUACCCGGAGUGAGAGCAGGUUCAUACCCUUAUGAUUACCCCCACUCCACACAUGUUUCUUUUUCGGUUUACGCGAGGUCGGUCGGUCGGUUAGUCGGUUUAUUGGUUGGGGCAUCGGUCAGAUUGGGCAUUCUCCCCUUGAGGAUACCUUUGCAUUACGUGUGGCGUUAUGUUGGCCUAGCAGAGUGAAAUGGUUUAUGGUCAGAAUGAUAUAUCUGGCAGAGACUCGGUAGGGGAGUGCGGCAAUGUAUGUCAGAAGGUGCCUCUACGAGUAUCCUAUCUGUUAGGCUGGCGUUGAUUUUGAUAGUCAGCUCCCAACCGCGAAUAUACUUUCUUACACUACAUACUGGCUCG